AGCGCCUCUUCCAAAUGCCCAUCCAAAACAUCCGAGUGGCGGAUGAAGCGACGGCUGCCUGCGCCAGGGCGAGGGACGAAUGCAAGGCGCUGGUGGGCUCGUUGAACAAGCUGACCGGCUGCUACCGGCACCUGGCCACGGGGGUCGGGGGUUCGUCCGACUCGCCGGAGCUGCGGGACGAGUUGAGGAAGACCAGGGAGAAGACACAAGACCUGGCCGUGGCGGUGAGGAACAAACUGACGGCGGUGCUGCGGGACAGGGCGCUGGCCGGGGAGGAGAGGGCGGAGAUGGAGAGGCUGUGGGUCAUCUUCUGCUCCAGCCUGGAGCUGUUCCAGGUGGACAUGUCUAAAGUGCUGGAGCUGGGGCUGGGCUUCCCCCUGGUCCGGACCGGGGUGUCGGGAGGCGCCUCUGGUGUUGCAGCCCGGGCGCUGAGCGUCCAGGACAUCUCCCACCGCGGCUCCACGGCCGCUUGCAGUUGCAGCCCCGCGGCGGUGGAGCAAGAGGAGCUGAGGGAGCAGAUCGACAAGGUGGACAGGAUGGUGGAGAACAUGGAGAUGAAGGUCAACGUCCUCCGCUGGACGGUGGAGUCCAAGGGGGACGCGUCCUACCUGUCGGCGCUCAGCAACGACGCCUCGUCGGUGGCCCUGCUCUCGGUGGACGAGGAGAGCCGGGGCUGGUGGUGCUGUGGCCGGGGCAGGUGGCUCGGCUCCGUCCUGUUCUGCACCGCUGCCCUCGCCGCUGUGGUACUCUCGCUCUGAGUCGCCGUGAGUCGCCCGCUGUCGCCGUGAGUCGCCCGCCGUCGCCGUGAGUCGCCCGCUGUCGCCGUGAGUCGCCCGCCGUCGCCGUGAGUCGCCCGCCGUCGCCGUGAGUCGCCCGCCGCUCGCUGAGUCCUCGCCUUUAACUCUC